GCUUUUUUUUUUAUUUUGUUUAAUAUGGGGCUUUAAAUCAUUGUAUGCAAGUUAAAAGGAAGAACCUUUAAAGUUCCCUAUGUGACAUGACGGUGAAGUAGAUCUAACGUGACACUAUAAACCCGUAGGACCUUUAAACCACACCCCUAGCCUGAGCUGAAGUGCACACUAGUGCACACUACACAGUAUCAUAAUUUUCAUCUAUAAAUCAAACCUGGUUACAGAUUUAUUUAUCAACUUAAAUCACCAAAAGCAAAUCCUGUUAAACCAACCAAAUCUUAGUGAAAUGGUGUUUCGAUGGCGAAAAGCUUUCUGCACAUCACUUCCUCCUCGAGAAGUACAACCCGGUUCCACAGUUACACCUACCAAAGAUCAACACGAGCAUAUCACUAGUGAUGAUUUCAGUCCAAAACUACGUUGUCUAACCACUAGCGCCGUCCAGAAAUCAUCAUCUGUUCCUGUAAGUCCAAAGCAUCGUCGCAAAACCCGCAACAACCAUAGGUUGUUUCACUGGUCAUCAACUCCUUCUUCGCCUCGCUCGGGUUCUCCUUCACCUUCACCUUCACCGCUCUCUAUCCUCAAAUCAAAUCUACGAAUCUCCAUAAAUAAAUGUGGAUUAUGCUUUCAGAGCCUAAAGAGAGGCCGAGGCGUAGCGAUUUACACCGCAGAGUGUUCUCACGGUUUCCACUUCCCGUGCAUAGCAAGUCACGUGAAGACGAAACAAAGCCUCGACUGUCCUGUAUGUUCGGUCACAUGGCAACAGACGCCUCUGUUGCCUGUAACCGAACAGACGCUACGAACAGAGGAUCUAGUCAAGAAGAAGGAACUUAUUACCAAAUCAAAGAAACAAAAUCCGUUUCAACCAGAUUUGAAAGUAUACAACGAUGACGAACGGUUAACUUCGUUAACGCCUAAAUCUCGGUUCAAUCCGAUUCCAGAAUCCGAUGAAAGCUGCGACGAAGACUCCAUCGUAGAGUUCCAACGGUUUGAAACCGAUAGAUACAGGAAUAGUGAAUUUAACGGUAACGAAAAGGAUGUGGAGAUACGAUUGUUGCCGGAAGCAGCGGUUAUCUCAUCAGGUCGGAUCCACGAGACCUGUGCGAUUGUUAUGCGAGUAAAAGCUCCGGAUGUUACACCAAACGCGCAAACUAGAGCUCCGGUAGAUCUAGUAACUGUUGUUGAUGUAAGCGGAAAUGGAAGCAAAAACGGAAACAAUGAAAAGUUUCAGAUACUGAAACGAACAAUGAGAAUAAUAAUUUCAUCACUUUCAUCAUCAGAUCGGUUGUCAAUAGUAGCAUUCACUUCUUAUUCAAAGAGACUAUUGCAUUUAAAGCGGAUGACAAACACCGGAAAACGAGCCGCGUGUCGUAUCGUGGAGGCGAUGGCGGUGGUUGACGGUUUACCGAACGCGAACGACGCCGUGAGAAAGGCGGUGAAGGUGUUAGAAGAUCGAAGAGAUAGAAACGCGGUUGCGAGCGUUAUUCUUUUAUCCGACGUGCGUAAACAGGCAUCGUACGUGUCGUCCACGCGCCACCAGAACGUCGCGGUACAUACGGUGAAGCUCGCCGCGAUUGAUGACCAUGUGGUUGCGAAAACCGUCGGACGUUUGAUUAACGUGACGGUUCAAGAUCUGGAACUGCGGUUAGGGUUAGUUUCCGGUUCGGAUCCGGCGGAAAUCAUGGCGGUGUAUUCGCACGCGCCGCGGGCAAUGGUGUUAGGAGCGAGUACGGUUUUGAUUGGAGAAAUGUGUGCGAAUGAAGAGAGAGAAGUGUUGAUUGAACUGAAAGUUCCGUCUGCGGUUGGGGUGUGCAGGGUACUAUCCGUGCGCUGUAGUUACAGGGAAUCAAUAUCCCAAGAUAUUAUUUACUGUAGCGACCGCGCACUGGUUGUACCUCGGCCCCACACCGUCAGAUCAUCUAACUCUACGAUCCAACGAUUGAGAAGCCUCUUCAUCACAACUCGAGCUCUAGCCGAGUCGCGCCAAUUAGUGGCUCGUAACGAUUUGAUUGGCGCGUACCGCUUGCUUAUAUCGGCCCGGGCUGUAGUGAACCGAACUGGCUCGGAUUCGCGUGAGUUUGUAGUUGAUAUUGAAGCCGAGCUGAACGAGUUGCUAAGGAGGAGCUCGGCUUGCGUAGAUGAAAGGGGGGAGCCGUUAACGCCAACGUCGGCUUGGCGUGUGGCUGAGAAACUGGCUAAGGUUGCCGUUAUAAGAAAGUCGUUAAACCGAGUUAGCGACUUGCACGGCUUUGAGGACGCUAGAUUUUAAUAAAAAUGAGAAAAUUACCAAAAUAAGCAUAGUUGACCAACUUAUCUUCGUCCUUUUGUUUUGUAGGAAAUUCAAAACGAAAAAAAUGUAAAAAAAAAAAAAAAGAUUGUGAGAUUGAGAGGGUAGAUAAAGAGUGUACCACUUGUUCUUUUGUGUUGUAAAAUAUUAUAUUUGUUUAUAAGCAAAGGAAAAUCAUUUUGUCUGAUA